CGUGUUGCAGCCACACUGGUAUCCAAAGCGCACGCCUGAACUGAGUUAUCACUUAUCCUCCGGUCUUGCAAAAGGAAUAACUGAUUGUUGAAAGAGAGAAAAAUCGAGGUGGAUAAUUUACAAUUUCUCUGCUGUUUUCCUCUGGCAAAAAGUUUUUUUGAACAUUGACUUUGCUUUUGCGCAUUGCACUGUUGCAGAAACCAUAAUAGAAUAGGCAUUCCACCAGUUGCUGAAAGCUUCCAACUGUUUACUAUCUGCCCGUUUUAAUGCCUAGAUUAUGGAUGUUUUGGUGAAAAACAACGACACGAGAUAAGUAUUGAUUUCACACGUGUUACCUGGAAAAAAAAUGGAUCCCCUUUACAAUUCCACCGACUCACCGAUCAACUGGACAAAGACAUCGGAGACGAACGACACCGAUUAUGGGAACCAAUUUGUCCAGGCAGUUUGGCAAGUGGCGCUUUGGGCACUAGCCUACAGCAUCAUCAUUAUUGUCUCCGUUGUGGGAAACAUAGUUGUCAUCUGGAUCAUACUCGCACACAAGCGCAUGAGAACUGUCACAAACUACUUUUUGGUGAAUUUAGCCUUCGCUGAGGCGUCAAUGUCCGCCUUCAACACCGUCAUUAACUUCAUUUACGGAGCGCACAAUCACUGGUACUUUGGCAUGGGCUAUUGUCGCUUCCACAACUUCUUCCCCAUCGCCGCCCUCUUUGCAAGCAUCUAUUCUAUGACCGCGAUUGCUUUAGACAGGUACAUGGCCAUCAUUCACCCCCUGAAGCAGCGGAUGACGGCCACGGAGACCAUCGUGGUGAUCGGCGUGAUCUGGGUGCUGGCCCUCCUCCUGGCCUUCCCCCAGUUCUACUACUCCGACCUCAGCUACUUCCCCCAGCGAGUGGUCUGCUACAUCGCCUGGCCCGCCGACAUCGAGAAGAUCUACUACGUGCUGCUGGCGGUGCUGAUCUACCUGCUGCCGCUGCUGGUGAUGGGCUGUGCGUACCUGGAGGUGGGCCUGACGCUGUGGGCCAGCGAGAUCCCCGGGGACUCCUCCGACCGCUACAAGGAACAACUUAUCGCCAAGCGCAAGGUGGUGAAGAUGAUGAUCGUGGUGGUGUGCACGUUCGCGGUGUGCUGGCUGCCCUUCCACGUCUACUUCUUCCUGAGCCACUUCUUCCCCAGCCUGCUGGAGAGGACCUUCAUCCAGCAGGUCUACCUGGCCAUCAUGUGGCUGGCCAUGAGCUCCACCAUGUACAACCCCAUCAUCUACUGCUGUCUCAAUGACAGGUUCCGCGCCGGCUUCAAGCAGGCGUUCCGCUGGUGCCCCUUUGUGCCCGAGGGCUCCUACGAGGGCCUGGAGCUCAAGUCCACGCGCUACCUGCACACCCAGACCAGCAUGUACAAGGCCAGCCGUAUCGAGACCACCAUGUCCACCGUGCUGCCCCAGGGUGCUGACGAGGACCCCAGGGCCGCGGUGUGCAUCACCGCGGCAGGAAGAGGAGGAGCAGGAGGAGGAGGAGGAGGAGGAGGAGCAGGAGGAGGCGGGCCAGCAGCGGUGGGGAUGGCAGCAGCAGCAGCAGCCAGGAGGACGUCCGCGGACUUGGCCUCCAACGGAUCAUCGUCACGCAGCAUGUCCAAGACCGUGUCGGAGACUUCCAGUUUCUACUCCAGUAACAACCUGCCGGAGUAGUAACCUCGGUAAUGGACUACCACAGGCCAACAAAUAUCACCCCUCCCACCUCCUGCCAUGUUGUCCAGU